UCUGGAACUUAGUAGGUGUUCAAAUUCUAUAAAGUUCCAAAUCCAAUGUUGUGAUAAAUUCUGCCUCUUUUUCUUUUAAUUAAAAAAUUAAAUUAUUUUUAUUGAAUUUUUGUUAUUUGGCUUUUCUCAUCCGCUGCUCCUCUUUCUCUUUAAAUAGAGAUCAUGCAGACUGACAUUUUAUUCAUCAUUUGUUUUUCGACAAAGAGAGUGUUAUAACUUAAAUUCGGUUAAAGAAAAUGGCUUCAAAGACUUUGAUUAUGCUGGGUGUCUUUGCAAUUCUUCUCGUUGUGUCAGAAAUGGCCGCAGCAUCUGCACAGAAGUCGGAGAGUGAGGAAACUGUGCAACCUGAUCGAUAUGGUGGUGGCCAUGGCGGAAAUGAAGGUUACAACGGACGAGGAGGAUAUAACAGAGGAGGACACAACGGAGGUGGAGGAUACAAGGGAGGUGGAGGAUAUAACGGGGGAGGAGGAUACAACGGCGGUGGAGGAUACAACGGAGGAAGAGGUGGAGGAUACAAGGGAGGAAGAGGAGGCCACGGGGGACACGGAGGAAGAGGAGGCCACGGUGGACACGGUCCAGAAGCUGUUCAGACUCAGCCUGGCAACUAAAUCUAUCAAUACUUUAACCACCAUGGAUGAUUUCAUCUAUGUAUACACACAGUCCUGUAUACAACUGUGACAUGUAUGUGUAUAUGACUAUAAGUAAAACCAUGGUGAGUUUGUAAAAGUUACUUAAGUCAAAUAAAAGAAAUUAGGUGAAUAAACUUUCGUAAUGUAAUGUAUCUA